AUGGCCGCUCUACCUCAAUACCUUGCUGAGGAAGAGCUUCGUCGUGCUUCGUCAUCCUCUAUCCGGUCGGCCAACCUCUCUCACGGCCGUGGCGGCGCUGGUAAUAUUGGCACUUCUCCUCAUGAUGACGAGCCUCUCACCCUCAACACACCUACCAUCAAAAGCGACAUAUACACCACCGGUCGCGGAGGAAGUGGAAAUAUGGCGAAGAACACAGACCCCGAAUCGGCCAGACGGGCGCAAGAUGUCGUUGGUAAUCCAAGAAGGGAAUCUUCUUCAUCGAGUCACGUCGGUCGGGGCGGGGCGGCAAACGUUUUCAAACCAAGCGAGGCCGAGAUCGUCGCAGCGCGCAAGGAUACCAAAUGGGAUAAUGCAAUCUCAGACGAAGAUGAGCUGGAUUACAGCAAGCAGGAUAACAAGCUCGAGCCCCAGAAAGGUCUAGCAGACAAGGGAAAGGCAUGGUUGAAGGAAAGGAUGGGUAAGGCUUAA